CUCUGAUUUUUUUUAUUUAUUUUUUAGCGGGAGAGAAGUGUCUUCGUUAGGGCUCUGGUGUUCCUCCUAAAAUUUAUCGAACUCCUUUUACGGUCUCAGAAACCAUGGUCUGGGGUCUGUUCCCCGCCGAAUCUCUUCCAGGUGAACAAAAAUAUUUUAUCUAUUCCAAAGGGGCAUAUAAAGUUGGUAGAAAAGGUUGCGAUGUGAUUAUUAAUACAGACAAGGGUGUUUCACGGAUACAUGCAGAGAUAAUUGUUGAUGCCAUGACUUCAUUUGAUCCUCAUCAAAACAGACCAUCUGGUUUUCCUUUAGAAGUUCGUAUAAGAGAUUGUUCAAAGUAUGGGACGUUUAUUAACAAGAAACUGGGAAAGGGGGCAAAGGUUCAUGAACAUCCAAAUAAGGAGAUGACUCUGAAAGAUGGGGAUCUGGUAUCAUUUGGAACCGGUAAUGCUACCUACAGGUUUUGUUUUGUUCCACUCAUAUUUUUUGUUUACUGCUCCAAGUCCUUGCGUAGUUUCCUUGAAGAUAAAAUUUCGUUAAUUGGUGCUUUUGCCACUUGUAAUUGGACUCCAGAGUGCACACAUGUGCUUGUUGAUGAGUCUGCACCAGUCAAAGAAGAGCUGCUUGAGGCUGUAAUGGCUAGGAGACCUGUCAUCCUUGGCAAUUGGGUUGAGGUUGUUUCACAGGAUAAUAUUCGUUCUGAAAUUCCAAGCUGCUCUCUCUUUGUUCCUACUUUAAUGUUCGAAGGAAUGCCGAUCAAAAUUGUGGACCCUAAGCAUCGAGAAAACUGUUUGGCCGGACAUACUUUUUUGUUGGGAUCACUUAAUUUGUAUAUAUUUGGGAGCAGAUUGCAAUCUUUGUUGGAUGUGUGUGGUGCGAAGGCUCUUUCUAUUGAUGAUUUCUGCUCAAGUAGCCAAGCCUCUGAAGAUGGAGAUAAUUUUGUUCUAAUAAUCCCAACGGGCUCAGUAAACAAGUUUGAUCACUUCCACCACCUCCGCUCACUAUCUAGAAUAACUGACACAAAUUUGGUUUGUGCUAUUUUAUCUGGGCAUCUGGAUCCAUCAGUUGUGGUACCACCAUCUUUACUUGUUUCAUCCUCAUGCUCUACGGAUGAGACGAUAGUUGCAGAUUCUGAUGUGGAAGUGGACACAUCUGCAUCAGAUCAUGUGACUGAAGCUACUCAAUCAGAAGAAGCCAUAAGACAUGAAGUUAAAGGGAAGAUAUCUGUAGAUCAUGCUUAUACUGCUUCACAGAAAGUGCAAAGUUCAAGUUUUAGGACCGAGGGUGGUGGCAUUAUCAUCACUAAAAGUGACAAGCUUAUUGAAUCUGAGACAUCUGAAAAUCAAAAUUCAGAUGUUAUAUUCAGUCAAGAUUUGGUUGUUAUAGAUGCCAAGGCACCAGCUUCAGUUUCUUCCAUGACAAAAACUGUAGUGGUUAACUUCAAAUGCUUUAGAAAGAGAGAGACUCAGUCAGGGAAUAGCUUCAAAGAUCUUAUCCCAUUUUCGAAAUACCCAUACAAUGAAUCUGACUAUGGGAGUGAGGUGGCUGAAUAUGUGAAAGCAGAGAAGAAGCAAAAACAAAUGGAAGCUAUCGCAGAAGACUUGUUCAACAAUGAGAAAAAAAGGAGACGCGGACCGACUGGUCCAUCAAUUCGUGAAUUUUUGACUCGGGGUUGACAAAAGUGAUCAUUAAUUUGGUUGGCUCGAGAUCCAUUUUGCACAUAAGCUUGUUCAAGGUUCUUGGUUUAGUGGAACCUGCAGCACAUGACUCGAUUGACAUCUGGUAGUUCUCAACGACCUCAAUGAAUUUCAGCGCAUUCUGUAAAUUUAUUGGUUCUGAACCCAUUUUGUCAUUGUAAAUGUCUUUAUCAAUAACCUUUUGUGGGACUUCUUCAUGGAAGUUGUGCCUUGAUCAUGGGAAUUUUUAACGAUCAUAGAAUUGAAUCCAUUUGUGCCACGUGUA